AGAGCUAUCCUCAUACAGCCAUGGGACCGGGUCAACUUGCUGGCGAGUUGAGAUCGCUGUAAACAGAGCCAAGGACCGCACGUACACACACACAAACACACACACACAGACACACACACGCACACAUUGAAACAUACACAUAGAGGCACAAAUACACACCACUUUUACAACAAGCUCUGCCUGCGGAACAUGACGGAUCCGGCGGAGGAUCUAGAGAAAGACCCCGAUAUCGAGCUGUUUGUCAAGGCGGGGAGUGAUGGAGAGAGCAUCGGGAACUGUCCCUUCUCCCAGCGCCUCUUCAUGAUCCUGUGGCUGAAGGGCGUGGUCUUUAACGUCACCACCGUGGACCUGAAAAGGAAGCCCCUGGACCUCCACAACCUGGCCCCAGGUACCCACCCCCCCUUCCUGACCUACGAGGGCGAGGUCCGCACGGACAUCAACAAGAUAGAGGAGUAUCUGGAGGACAAGCUGGCCCCGCCAAAGUAUCCUAGUCUUGCAGCGAAGAACCAUCAGUCCAACAUUGCAGGAAUCGACAUCUUCGCCAAGUUCUCUGCCUACGUGAAGAACACCAGACCAGAGAACCACAAAUUGUUGGAGAAGGCCCUCAACAAGGCCCUGGCAAAGCUGGAUAACUACCUGCUGAGCCCCCUGCCUGGGGCUCAGGACGAGGAGGGGGGCUCCCACAGGGGGUCCAAGAUCUCAACACGCCGGUACCUGGACGGGGACGACCUCACGCUGGCCGACUGCAACCUGCUGCCCAAGCUGCACGUCGUCAAGGUGGUCGCCAAGAAGUUCCGCAACUACGACAUCCCCGCGGACUUCCAGGGGUUGUGGCGUUACCUUGGCAACGCCUACAGCCGCGAUGAGUUCACCAACACCUGUGCGGCGGACGCAGAGAUUGAACUGGCCUAUAAGGACGUCGCCAAGAGGCUUGGCAAGUAAGCCCCGGUCCAGUCCCGCUCCCAGGACACCAUUGCACUCCCGUUUGUUUUCCUUUUGAACUCUUGCAUUAAAAGAUUAUUUUUUGUUUCUUGAAGUGCUAUUUGAAGCAGGAUUCCCCGUGCUGCCCUGUAAUGUGGGGCGUGUGUCUCAGCCAAAGAUCAGUAGAGGGGAUUGAAUGGGAAAUCUCCUUUGGUUUUUCCUCAAAUGUACGGAAAGCGAACAUGUUUGGUUCGUCUGUGAAUAUACAAGGAUCGUUUUACCAUGUUCUCCAGUAGUUUGACAAAUCAUUAUUGUUUUUUUUCUUAUUUAAUCAUAAAUGACAAGAGAAGAGGAAUGUUUUUGUGAGAGAUUGAUAAGCCUUUAAAAUGAAUAUGCCCUGGGAAAAAUACAUAUUGUAAAUUAGAGCCUGGAUAAAACAGCUAAUAUUUUUUUAAUUCUUCUUUGCUAAACAGCGAGUGCCUUAAAAUAAAAUCUCUGAUCUGUGUACCAUAGGAAAAUAUAAUUCAAAACAAAAUAUCUGAUUUUGUGACGAAAAUACUGGAGAUCUAAAUUAAAGUAUAUACUGACCCAAAUAUGUUCAUAAUUUGAUGAUACAAUUGUUUUAUGACAAUAUGACAUCAUAUAUGAUAUUAUUUAUUCUACUAUGAACGACUUAAAUAAUGUACAUGAUUAUAGCUAAUCUAUGCUUGUGUAUGCUUGUGAUUACUUGAACCGUAUUUGAAUAAUAAAUCUAUUUUCUCAGUCAACCAGUGGAAGAGAUCGUAAUC